AUGGGGGAGUCACCCGAUCCCAAGGCAGUGAGAGACUUGCCCUCCCUUUUGGCUUUGCCCGAGGAGUAUGUGUUGGCGUUGGAAGAUGUGUUGAUGGUAGACUCAUUGCAACAACAUCUUCGCAAUGGAAAUCGGGGAAGCAGUACCAAUAAAGGCGAGUCACAAGCACCGUCAUCGACCGAGACAGAGCUACCCGAUAUCUCUGCUUUCACUCAAGAGGCACUGCAUGACGCGAUGUUUUAUCACUCGUCCGAUGAAGCGCUGCCACCUGGUAUCAAUAAUAACAUGAACAGAAUCAAGGCUGAACCUACAUGUACAACAUGGAGUGACCACUACCCCAUGUUGUCAGAUGUCGGCCAGUGGAUCAGUUUCGACGUACCCUCGGUAUUGGCUGUUUUCGUGACAUUCUGUCUCUUGUGUGAAAAAGGGUUGGCCAAGUACUUGAACACCGGCAAAGACAGUGCUAUCUACUCUCAAUCUGCCUUGUUUGCGAAAAAACAAGCUCUGGAUAAUACUAAUGGUCAUCUACCACCCAUCAGCGAAGCAGAGGAGUCCAGUACUGACUCCGAGACAUCGUACGACAAGAGGAAGACGAUGAGCCAUGGUUAUUAUCCUCAUGGGUCGCCGACUGGCGUCAUGGAUCACCCGGGAAAGUGGGACGACCGAGGGGAUCCAUACUCGGUGAUUGCCGCUGCGCAAGAAGAGCGAAUUGUCAAUUUAAUGGCGCAAAACGGCUUGUUGCAUCGAGCUCUGGAAGAACAACGAGCAGCCAUGCAAAAGAUUCAAAAGGAAAUGCAGUGCCGAGCUCAGGGAGAAGCUGGUCGAGAACAAACACUCAAGGACCUGACAGCCCAGGUGAGUCUUCUCCAGCAGCAACGAGACAAUGACCGACGGACCAUCGAGGUGGAAGCAGCUGGACAGGGUGUCCUCGUCCAAAAGGUACAGACCCUUUCCGGAAUGGUCAAUCGACAGGACGAUGCAUGGACGACCAUGGAAUCGAGACAGGCAGCAGUCCAAGAAGAGGUCCGAACCAAGUUCAAAGCCCUGGAAGAAGCUACUGAGGCCAAGCUGCAAGCCCUCCACGAAGCGACCCAACGGGAGUCCAACAUCAUUAGCCCGACCGUUCAGAAGGACGAGGCGGAACAGGAACAGCUGCAAGCAUUUCGAACAAAGUUGGAAGGGAUGCAGCGGGAUUUGGGGACCCGCUCCAUUCAAAUGACCAAGCUGGGGCAGUAUCUCAAGGCUCGCGAUGAACGCAUGGAUCUCAAAACGGCAGGCAUCGAACAGCAGUGUGCGACGCUUGACACGAAACUGCAAGAUUUGACCGAGGACAGUCAGUCCCAACGGGUUCAUGUCACCAACAUGGAACAGGAGCUGCAGACCAAUAGACAUCAGUCAGCUGCUUGGAUGGACGAGAUGGAAAGGAAACUUCACACCCACAGUAAAUCUCAUCAAGAGGAGCUGUCUAACUUUCGACAAAGCCACAAGAAGGCCUUCUACACUGAGCUCCAGAAUCUGAAGAGUGCUCUUCAAGAAAAGAUCACCAUCUUGUUUGAUGAUUCUCGCAAACGACACUUGAGUUGUGAAACAGAAAUUGCCAAGCUCAAGGCGCAGUCCAGUAGUCAAGGCAACGUUACUGCCAACAUUUCAGAUGAGAUCGAACGGCUUACAGACAACGCCGUGACGCGCAUGGAGCUCCUGGAUACGAUGCAGGUGCACGAGGAAGGCAUGCUAUCUCGAAUCGAGGCCAUGGUUCAGGAGGUGGUGCAGGAUGCUGUCGAGAAGCAACAAGAACAUCUGGAGGCCGAAACGAGUGACCUUCAAGACCAAAUAGACGAGAUAACAGAACAGGUCGAGACUGCGGAACAGCGUCAAGACUCCAAUCUGAAGCUGCUUAGAGCAGAAAACCAGCAAGAGCUGAAAAAGGUGCUCGAGGGAAUUGAGAACGACAGGGCCGUGCUUUAUUCAUCCGUGCAAGAACAAGCACUCAAUACAUGCCGAGAUCGAAUUUCUGCAGUAGAAGACCAAUUUGCGGGGAUUGUUGACCAAGUAGAAGGUGCGUCCAUUGAAGUCCAAGAACGCUUGGAUUACGAAUUCGCAAUUUUCAAGGCAGGAUACAACGGUGAGGUCUCCAAGAUGCAGAAAAGUCUCGAAAAUCAGGACUGGGAGCAUCGCCAGCGCUGUGUUGCCUUGGAAGAGAAGACUGCGGAUUUCUCAUCACGGACAAAGGCGUUAGCGGCCGCAGUCACCAAGUGCUCUCAUGAUAUCGAAGAGCUGGGACAACGGCAGACUUACGCCAAUAACAGUCUGGAUGUCCUCUCAUCAAAGACAUCGUUUUGUGAAGAGGCUCUUGGCAAGUCCCAAGAGACCCAUGGCUUGCUGGUGUCCAAGGUCGACGCAAUGUCUUCCGACCUAAGCAAGGCCACCUCACUUUUGGCAUCAAGGGGGCAAAACAUCGAGAACACCAGGAAGGAACUAUUUGCCAAGGCUGAAACGGCAGAAAAGAAGUUAGAACAAGUUGAAGCCAAACUGGAUGAAGUGGAAAGCGAAACGCGCUGUGACUUUGAAUCCACAGAACAGAAGCAUCUCAUACUUCUUCGGCAGGUGGAAGACCUAUCGGGGCAGGUCCAUCAGCAAUGCGAGAGCAGCUUUGAACAUCAAAAGGAGUAUCAUUUUAAGACGUCCGAGCUUUCUGGCUUCAUCGAGCUCCUCAACAUGAAGGUUGAAAAUCAAGGCAUGUUGCACAAGGAGAAACUGGACAAGGUGGUGCUUCGGGUGGACGAGCGUUUCGACAAGGUCGAGAAUGAGCUGCAAGAAUCGUCCUUUGGCUCCAAGGCGCAGGAGGCGCAUUCUUCGAGAUCUGAUGGGGGAGGGUCGUCCAGCCGGCGGGAGUGUCAGCCCACACCAGACAACUUGUCGAGCAAGCAUGCGGAAACUGCUGAUGGAGAUGCGGCUAAUUGCCGCUCAGCUAAUGAAUCACAUAGCUUGCAGGCUUCAUCGAUAGCGAACACCACAGACGUCUCGUCGAUAAGCUUGGCGCCUUUGUCGGAGACGGAAGAAAGAUAUGUGAGCCUUUCGACAAAGUUGGUAACGUUCAGCGGAGAGUUGCAGCGUCGAGAUGAAAGCGUUGCAGCCUUAGAGAUGCACGCAAAAGAAAAGUCAGACUCAUAUUCGUCUAGAGCAGAGGUUUUGAAUACUGAAAUUGAACUGCAGCGACAGCAAUUGAAGAAAUUUGAGGAGACGACGCACAGGAGCGAAGCUCGAUUGAUUGAAGCACGAAAGAAGCUUCGCGAGUUUGAAAUGAGUGUGAAUCGAUGCCGAGAGGAGCUGGUGCUUCGAGAUGAGCGGGUCUCAGAUAUUGACGACGAUUUGGAAGAGGAAUGCCUGUCUACAAGCGUCAGGUCGCGACUUGGGAGUAGGCGACGUCAACAGAAAGAACAUCGCGAUGAAUGGAAGAAAAAAGUGUCUGAAAUGGAAUCGUCACUCAAGAUGGAUAAGGCAGAAUGCUCGAAGCUUGCUGCUAAGCAGGAGCUGUACGAAGGGGAACUUGACCGACGCCGCGCUGUGUUGAAUGCUUUGAGAUCUAGUUUGAGCAGUGUUUUGGAGUCAGUUGCGGUUGAGAGGGAAUCCAUUCAUUCAGAGCUCCUUAGCCGACGCCAAGAGCGCGAUACCUGGAGGAAAAGCAUCAGUGAUUUGAUAUGUGUCCUCGAGACGAUAGAGGUCGAAUCUUCCGGCGUCGAGCGGCUUCAGGCACUACCAGUUGUGAAACAAGCAAUAUGUGUUCGAAGCGGAAGAAUUCGCCCCCCACGUGGAAGCUGUAGAGGCGUGAGAGACGAAGACCAUUCGAUCGAUUCGGAAACUCUGCAACCACAUUCCCAGGUCGCUGUUUUGUCGGAAACCACAGAGUUGCUCGGCCGUCAGCUCCAGGAGUCUAAUAGCCAAUGCCAGAUAUUGGCAGAAAAGGUGGAGCAAAUGGAAUUUGAUCUCCAGCGGCAGGGAAGCCAAGCCACCGAAGUCGAGGCUCUCAAGCUCGAUGUAGCGAGCAGCGAAAGCCAAAUGGUUAUGUUCAGGGAAGAUCAGAUGUCAUUGAGAACAGAUAUAUAUACACAAGUGGAUUCUCUCCGAAAAAAGCUCCAGGCGCUAGAGGAACAGUAUCAAGCUACAAGCAAGGUUUCCGUGUCGCAACCAAAUGACGCAACAAGCUACAAAGAUCUCUCUGCAAGGGUGGAAGGGUUAGCUGCUCAAUUUAAAGACCACGGCGAUAUUGUUGCACAAGUUGGAGCCCUGGUUGACUCCAUCCAAGCAUGUGAAGUCCGCCUGUCCUUGUUCGAGAAGCAACAAGACGACACCAAAGCUGAUGUUUCUUCUAUGAUCGAAUUCUUCAAGACUGAUCUCCAAUCGCUGAAGCAGCUGUGCGAGCAAGCGAUGAUGAGAAAAGACGCUGAAUUUUCAGAUCUCAUUUGCAAAGUGGAGAGUUUGAUGGUGGUUUCACAGGCACAUGGCAAGCACCUGGAAGCGGUGGAGAGAGAAGCCGAAGAGAGCAGUAUCGCUGUACAUACUCAGAUUCAAACAGGACAUCUUGUCCAGCAGAUGAAAGAGAAAUACAUCGACUUGGCGGCAAAAGUGGACCUUCUAUCAAGCGAGGUUAGCGAGAGCAGCCAAGAGAGGGAAGACCAGGAGCAUCGUGCCAAAGACAGAGACGCAAUGUACCUGAUGCAACUGCAGUCCGUGCGAGAUGAUUUCGACAGUCAGCAAUCCAAGUACCAGCAUCAAAUACAAUUGCGAAUCUACAAUGCCAUGGUGUAUCUUCUCCAGUGCAUCGCAAAGCGAGAAGGGCGACCGUCAGCCCUUCCAGUUUGGAAUUCUCGAGAAGAGGAGCUUGCGCUCCAACAUCGCCAGACGAAAAAGGCAGGGGAGAGGAAGGAAGGAGACUCGAGCACGGCAACGUGGAGUCAGAAGCCAGGUUUGGGGUAUUCAAUGGCGUCUGGCAUCAUCAGGGCCAACAUGUUGCGCCCUGUCAUGCUAGCUUCGACCAUGAACACAGGGGCUGCCAUCAAGAAAGAAGAGAACUGA